UGCUGCUAAGUGCAGUGGCUGCAUGGAAAAGAUCGCCCCAACAGAAUUCGUGAUGAGAGCCCUGGAGUGUGUUUACCACUUAAGCUGCUUCUGCUGCUGCGUUUGUGAACGACAGCUGAGGAAAGGGGACGAAUUUGUUCUUAAGGAAGGGCAGUUGCUCUGCAAAAGUGACUAUGAAAAAGAGAAAGACUUGUUGAGCUCGGUCAGCCCAGACGACUCAGACUCAGUUAAAAGCGAUGAUGAAGAUGGAGACGUUAAGCCCACCAAAGGACAAGUAACCCAAGGAAAAGGAAGCGAUGAUGGGAAGGACCCGAGAAGACCUAAACGACCAAGGACAAUACUUACUACGCAGCAGAGACGAGCAUUCAAAGCAUCCUUUGAAGUGUCUUCCAAACCCUGUAGGAAGGUCAGAGAAACACUGGCAGCUGAAACAGGACUCAGUGUGCGAGUUGUCCAGGUCUGGUUUCAAAACCAAAGAGCAAAGAUGAAAAAACUAGCACGAAGGCAUCAGCAGCAGCAGGAGCAACAAAACUCACAGCGACUAGGGCAAGAAGUAAUGUCCAACCGAAUGGAAGGGAUGAUGACAUCUUACACGCCACUUGCACCACCACAGCAGCAGAUUGUAGCAAUGGAUCAAAGCAGUUAUGGCACAGACCCAUUUCAGCAGGGUCUUACCCCUCCACAAAUGCCAGGCGACCACAUGAACCCUUAUGGAAACGACUCCAUUUUUCAUGAUAUCGACAGUGAUACCUCUUUAACUAGCUUGAGCGACUGUUUUCUUGCCUCUUCCGAAGUUAACUCCAUGCAGGCUAGAGUAGGAAACCCCAUUGACAGGCUGUACUCUAUGCAGAGCUCGUAUUUCGCCUCAUGAAAAUAAAAGAAAACAAACAGCCGGCGUAUAUUUAGCCAGUGACUUUUUCCAGUGCAGACUCUACAGCCAUAUGUUGCCCAGCUCUUCCUUCACAGUGACUCCUGCUGCCUCUGGACUGCAAAGAGCAUUUUUAGGAAGACUGUAUCUGUGUGCAUAUAUGUGUAUGUAUGUAUAUAUAUAUUAAUACCUACUUACAUACAUACAUAUAUAUAUAUAUAUAAACAAAAUGCACCCACCAGUCCCAUACCCUUGAUUCCCAGCUUGCACCAGACCACGAGACAAGCACGGAAGGAACAGAAGACCCUGCUCGUCAGCAGCCUUUGGUUUGGUUUGGUUUGAGCUCAUCGUUGUAAAGGAAAUGGAUUUUGUGGAAAGCUAGACCUUUUCCUCCUUUCUCU